AUGUUAUCUGUUAGCCUGAGGGGUGAUUGCAAAAAUAUCUACUACUACCUUCAUUUUCUGCCUAUCCUUCCUUCACAUUCCGCCCUUCCUUCCUUCACAUUCCGCCCUUCCUUCCUUCACAUUCCGCCCUUCCUUCCUUCACAUUCUGCCUUUCCUUCCUUCACUCUCUGCCUUUCCUUCCUUCACAUUCUGUCUUUCCUUCCUUUACUCUCUGCCUGUCCUUCUUUCAUUUUUUUCCACCUUUCCUUCGCAUUUUACCUUUCCUUCCUUUGCAUUUUACCUUUCCUUCCUUCGCAUUUUACCUUUCCUUUCUUUACUCUCUGCCUGUCCUUCUUUCAUUUUUUCCACCUUUCCUUCCUUCACAUUUUGCCUUUCCUUCCUUCACAUUUUGCCUUUCCUUCCUUCACAUUUUGCCUUUCCUUCCUUCAGAUUCUGCCUUUCCUCCCUUCACAUUUUGCCCCGCCUUCCUUCACUCUCUGCCUGUCCUCCUUUACAUUUUUCCUUCUUUCAGAUUCUGCCUUUCCUUCCUUUACUCUCUGCCUGUCCUUUCAUUUUUUCUACCUUUCCUUCCUUUACAUUUUGACUUUCCUUCCUUCACAUUCUACCUGUCCUUCCUUCGCAUUUUACCUGUCCUUCCUUUGCAUUUUACCUGUCCUUCCUUUGCAUUUUACCUUUCCUUCCUUUGCAUUUUACCUUUCCUUCCUUUGCAUUUUACCUUUAUUUUCCUUUGCAUUUUACCUUUCCUUCCUUCGCAUUUUACCUUUCCUUCUUUCGCAUUUUACCUUUCCUUCCUUUGCAUUUUACCUUUCCUUCCUUUGCAUUUUACCUUUCCUUCCUUUGCAUUUUACCUUUCCUUCCUUUGCAUUUUACCUUUCCUUCCUUCGCAUUUUACCUUUCCUUCCUUUUUAUUCUCUGCCUGUCCUUCUUUCAUUUUUUCCACCUUUCCUUCCUUCAUUUUGCCUUUCCUUCCUUCACAUUUUUUGCUUUUCCUUCCUUCACAUUUUGCCUUUCCUUCCUUCACAUUUCCUUCCUUCACAUUUGCCUUUCCUUCCUUCAGAUUCUGCCUUUCCUCCUUCACAUUUUGCCCCCGCCUCUCCUUCACUCUCUGCCUGUCCUCCUUUACAUUUUCCUUCUUUCAGAUUCUGCCUUUCCUUCCUUUACUCGCUGCCUGUCCUUUCAUUUUUUCUACCUUUCCUUCCUUUACAUUUUGACUUUCCUUCCUUCACAUUCUACCUGUCCUUCCUUUGCAUUUUACCUGUCCUUCCUUUGCAUUUUUUAAAUUUCCUUUUUUGGUAUUUUACCUGUCCUUCCUUUGCAUUUUACCUUUCCUUCCUUUGCAUUUUUUUCCUUUCCUUUUACCUUUCCUUCGCAUUUUUUACCUUUCCUUCCUUUACUCUCUGCCUGUCCUUCUUUCAUUUUUUCCACCUUUCCUUCCUUCACAUUUUGCCUUUCCUUCCUUCACAUUUUGCCUUUCCUUCCUUCACAUUUUGCCUUUCCUUCCUUCACAUUUUGCCUUUCCUUCCUUCCUUCCUUCACAUUUUGCCUUUCCUUCCUUCCUUCUCAUUCUGCUUUUACGUUUUUUCCCCCUGUUCUGCCUUUCCAUCAUUUACCUUCAGCCUGUCCUUUCUUUACAUUCUGACUUGA